AACGGGAACGGGCCAAAUGGAACUACAACCAACCAUCCCAGGAUAUGCCAUCAAAGACACCCGGUGGUCCCGGCUGGCUUAGUCGUGGCCUCCAUGAACUCAAAGACAGUGAAGAUGAUACCCAAUCUAUGCUUUCCUCCUCAUGCUAUUUGCGAGGUCAGAAUGCUCCCAUCGAACCGCAUGUUAUGGCCGAACGUUUGGAUAAAAAACGAAAAGCUGCCGAAUAUCAUGAAGCCAUCAAGCAGCAGUUACUGGAGAGGGAAAGUCAGCGACGUUGGGAAAUCGAGAAACAUCGUCAGGAGGAACAACAGGAGGAGGAGAGGGUACGCAAACAAAAACAAAUGGAACAGGAGCGUUUGGAAAUGGAACGGCGACAGCAGGUGGAGCGAGAGGAGGCUCAGAGACGAAAGCAGGAGGCAAUGUUGGAGGCCAUAGCCAAGGCGGAGAUGGCAGCGAAAAUGGAAAAGCAAAAGAAGAGGAAUAAAUUCAAGGAAGCUAAGGAGGAGGAGGAAAUUAAGGAGGAGGAGAAAAAUAUCGUGCAGGUUAUGAAUGUGGAGAUCCAUGAAAAGUGCGAGGAGGUGAAGGAAAUAUGCAGCGAACCGAAAAACCAGGAGCAGGAGGUUCAAGAAGAGGAUAAGGUACUGAUUGGCACUCCCAUCAAUUUGAGAAGGACCUUCAGCAAACCCAUACAGCCUCCACCCAUAGCGCAGCCUUUGGAAACGGAAAAGAAAGCAAAGGAGGACCCCAAGCCUGCCGAAAAUGUGGUUAUAAUGCAACCGGCCACCUUGAUACCCCUCCCUGUGACCACCGAUAUCUAUGGCCUGCAAAAUGCCAUUGGAAAUUUACAAAUUGCCACGUACUUCAUGCAACAUCAUCUGCAACCCCAUACCGCCAAUACCGAUACAGAUUUUUCCAAAACCACUGGAGGGGCUUUUACCCAACGAACAGAUACUUCGAUAUGUACCGAAGAGGGUUAUCAGCCACCAGAAACUCCACAUCAACGGGCACAAUCGGAAAAUAAAUAUACUCAGGUGGAGGAGGAAAUCUGCAAAGAACCCGAAGAGGAGGAGAUGGAAAAUAAAAUGGCUUUGAUACCCCUCCAACAGAACCCAAGGGAAGUUUUGAGGCAAAAUUCUCCACAGGAGCUGAGCAGUGAGGAAAAAGAUGCCACCAAAAAUUCUCAAGAUGUGGAGACGCAAACAGAGCUGCCAUUGAAUUGUGAUUUGUGUCUGUUCCAUGAUAAUUUUUACAAAGUUCUGCUAAAGCGAGAAGUAUCCACCACCACAACUACCCAAACAUCGAAGACCAAUAAACCUGCCAAGGAGGCGGAAAAGGACCAAGAGACCACAACUACCACCACCACUACGACCACAACCACCUUCAAAGCCAAAUCAAAGGAUAAAGAUAAGAAACGUCAGGGUGGCAAGGAGGGUCACAAUAAAAUCGAUGAACGACCCAAAUGGGGUGUCAAUCGGCCCGUGGUCCAGUAUGUCAAGGCCAGUGAUCGGGAUCCAUUUUGUUUGCGCAACAAAAAGAAACAUUGCAAUGUGACGGGAGCGAAGCCUUCAAGAUCUCAAUCUGUCGAUUCCCGACUGGAUUGUGCCGAACAAAGUCACAAUAAAUCGAAGGAACAACAUCAUGGCACAACGGAUCGACGUGAAAGUUCAGCCGAAAAGGAGGGAUUUAUGUUGAAGGCCCGCAAUGUUUGCACGGAAAUUUUACCCAUUAAAACCGAUGAAAAGGGGAGGAUUUUCCUGAAUUUCCGUGAGGCUAGUGCCAUCAUGAAUGAGGAUGAAAUCAAGGAGAAAUUGAGGCAGAAAUAUUUUAACUUUGGUCGGAUUCUACCCAGGCGAAGUUGGGCAUCUGCUACUCAUAAUGGAGGCGGUGGAGGACAAGGUGGAGUUGGAACGAUGAAUUAUGCCAUAUCGCAGGUGGGAGACAUAAAUGGAGAUUAA